AUGCAAGCAAACUCUCCUCAAUUAUUAUUUUCUGUCAAAAUUGUGGCACCUCUUUCUACUGCGAAAUGUUCUUCAGUUUGUAAAACACUCGAUGCGAAUGAUCCAUUUCAUUGCGUUAAUAUGAAUGGAAUCGAUUCAGAAACUUAUUCCGAUUUAAUUCUGUUAUUGGAUGAACAAUUUAAAUUUGAAAACAAACAUCAUGAAGAUGCAAAACAACAUUUAGAUACGUUUUUGAAAGAAGUGACUCAUUCUUCAAUGAACAAGCUCAUCAUUGUAGUUUCAGAAAUGAUACAUUUUGGAUUUUCAUUGCCUGUGCUCAUGCUGAUUUCGUUACAAAUGAAAACAAUCAUGAAAAGCAUGUUCAAGUUCACAUAG